AUGAUUUGGAUAUUACUCCACAAUAUACCAAUGCGUCAAUCAUAGACAAAACUUUCUUGGUUCCAUCAUGUCAAGCGAAAUGCCUUUGAACCAGCUUUCCGUGGAGACCCGUGCAAAAUUACGUUCUGCACAACUCCUUACUUCCCUACCACAAGUAGUUUCAGAGCUGUUGCAGAACUCCCUAGAUGCUGGAGCAUCUCAGGUGGAUAUCGGCGUCAAUUGCGAAGAAUGGAGCUGUUGGGUGCGAGAUAACGGUGCUGGGAUCAACAAAAGCGGUUUGACUAUGAUUGGCAAGGGAUCGGAGGAAGGAAGAUACAAUACAUCCAAAGCAUAUACACCAGCAUCCCUAGAUUCUGUUUCGACAUUUGGCUUUCGCGGAGAAGCUCUAUCGUCAAUGGCUGAAUUAUGUUGUUUGGAAAUUUCGUCACGAACAUCUCGGUCUCGGGAAAGCUGGUCUGUCAUUCUCAAGGGUGGGAAGUCUUUGUACACAGGCCCAUCGAUUCGGUGGCGAAGAGAAACCGCAGGAACCGUCGUAUGCGUCAGGGAUGCAUUCUUUAGUCUUCCUAUCCGUCGUCAAUCUCAUCCCUCUGCAGCUAAGACUAUAGAUACGAUCAAGCAGGAGCUUGAGGCGUAUGCUCUCAUGUUUCCCGACGUGUCAUUCACCCUUCAAGAUGACAGCAAAUCUAAAGAUAAUGCUUCGAGCAAAGGGCACGUUCUCCGUGUUCCUAAGACUCGUUCAAUCUUGGCUGCAUUCCGACACAUGUAUGGUCGUGCACUGACGGAGCAUGUAGAAGAGAUUGAUGCCACAUAUGGAGAUCUGAAAGUGGAGGGAUUUAUAUCCCUCGUCGGAGCACGUUCAAAGGUCCAUCAAUAUCUGUAUAUAAACAAGCAUCCGAUAUCAUUCUGCGAUCUUCAUCGCCUAAUUGACGGUAAAUUUUCGAAUAGCACGUUCGUAAAGCAUGCAUAUGAUGAAGGAGGGGAAACGAGUUUGCGAUCAUCCGUGCGCCGUUCGCCCCGCAAAGGCGAGAAGAAACCUAUCUAUGUUCUAAAUUUGGUCAUACCAACGCGACUCAUCGAUAACUGCCUUGAACCUGCAAAAUCCGCAGUUCAGAUUGAGCAAAAGAACGUUGUGACAAGUUUCGUAUCUUCUGUGAUAGAUUCAUUCUUGGUUCAACAUGGUUUCGCAUCCGGCAAACGCGGUGCUGAAGAAGGCUGUGAUUCCCCGCCCAAGAAGCGAAAAGUCUCCAUGUUUCCGGGUAGUGUGGCCCAAAACAAUGGUCACCAGCGGUCAGCAGCACCGAUGGUGUUCAUUCACCCAGGGGACUUUUCCGAGGAAAUUCCACAAACGAAGAUUUGGGAAACGGGUGAAAUCGAUGCUCGUACUGGAAAUUCAUAUCCUCAAAAUUCGCACCACAAGAUCGACGGUACGAAGACGGCUAGCGUUAACCGUUCUUCGCGAAUUUCUCGUCUUCUCAAGAAAGGCGAUGAUCCUAGCCAGGGUGAUGCAUGUUCCGGUCAUGUUCGCGAUAACAUGCCCGAUUGGUUACAAGAAGCUCUCAGUGCGAACAAUGCAUAUGCUACCACGGAACCAAAGAUUCCAUCGUUGCCGCCCUUUGCCAAUCAAGCUUCCGACGAUCAUGGAUAUCCUCUUAUGCACUCUUCCUCUUGCGCCCACACUUUUGGGUCCCCAUAUAUCCAGUUAGGAACAUCAAGCUCCGACCACGCACGGACCAGAUUUCACAAAGCAGACCUGUUGAAGGCACAGGUCAUCAACCAGGUUGACCGCAAGUUCAUCGCCUGUUUAGUUGACGUAGAUCAUUCUACUCAUCGGGGAAAUGGGAAACCCCUAGAGAAUCGUGCUGCGGGUGGCUCAACUCUGAUCCUAAUUGAUCAACACGCUGCCGACGAGCGCGUCCGAGUCGAACGCUUUUUAAGGGAGAUUUGCUCUGGUUUCCUUCGGCAUUGCGAGGGAACGGGGGGUGUCGAAGUUUCAGAACUGUCUCCUGCUGUGCCUAUAUUACUCACACGUCAUGAAGCUUUGCGCUUGGCGAGUGUCGACCAAGUACAGUCAGCAUUUGACCGGUGGGGUGUGCGCUUUGAGGGAUUGGACAAGUUGACCUCGUUGGAUUCGGAGUGUGCGGAAGAUGAAGCAAGUGGUGGGUAUGUACAGGUCUUCGUCAGAUCAAUACCUGCAAUUGUGGGCGACAAGUUACUUGUGAACGAUGAGUUGCGAGACCUUGUUAAAGGCUACCUGGGAACCCUCGAAAGCAAGGAAGCGUCCCCUCCUAACCUAUCGCAGCAACAUGACCCCGAUAACCUCAAUGACGACGAGUCGCGGUGGCUCAAGGCUCUUCGCUGGUGUCCACAGGAGCUUCUGGAUUUGAUCAACUCAAAAGCGUGUCGUGGCGCUGUUAUGUUCAACGAUCCACUUUCACUAGAACAAUGCCAACGCCUUGUGAGGCAUCUUGCUGCGACUGCAUUUCCUUUUCAAUGCGCACACGGAAGGCCUUCCCUCGUUCCUUUGACCCAUGUAAGUAUCAAGAGCGGCAGGCGAACAGCACCAGCAUUGGAUUGGGCAAGGCUGAACUGACUCACGGCGGGCUAAAGUACCAUCAUUGUGUUCGCCUCGGGGACCUUCAUUGAGGGCCGUACCAAUCUAUUUUGGACACCUUUGUUACAUACGUUGUUUCCAGUUGUUUCCAGUUGUUCAAAGGGCGUUGGCACGUGAUACCUUGGUGAUCGCGUAACAUCGGGAUGUCAAGUGACGUCAAGGUGGCGUGUGGGGUA